AUGGAUUUGGAGGUGGUAAAGGUGAUCAAGCAGUGUGUUAGUGAAGGUGCUGAUGCUAAUUACAUUCGUAAAAAUAUCUUGCCUGGAUUUAUUCAUAAUUUUUGGACUCCAUUCAUAGCUUCGAAUCCUGAUAGUUAUAAACACAUUGUGGAGACAACUUUGGAGCUUGCAAACAAAGUCGGAGCUGCUGAAAUUUUAGAAAGAAUUGUUGAAGGACUAGAAGAUGAGAGUGAAACAUACAGAAGAAUGGCGGUGGAGACAAUCGGGAAGGUUGUAGAUGAGUUUGGUGCAUCGGACAUCGAUGUUCCCUUGGAGCGCCUUUUGGUUUAUGGAAUCCUAAGUGCAUUCAUUGAGCAGGACAGCGAAGAUGAUGCUGAUGUGAUGCUUAAUGGUUUUUGCGUGUGGUGUUUAAGCGACAAGAGGGCGGUGGUGAGGAAGCAGGGAGCUGAGGCUGUUUCGCGGAUUCUAGUGGUCUUGAAAGAGUGUGAGGAGGAGCGGUUGAUGGGGUAUCUCGGGGUUGUUUUAUUUGAGUGUUGUUUUCUGAGGGAAGAAAGCCAUGAGGUCUUGGCGUCGAUGCUGGGAGCACUGAAAGCAAUUGGUAAUUCUAUUGAUUUGACAAGCGUGAUCCCAUCGUUCAGAGAUUUGGUUACACGAUUGACACCACUAAUGGAGAGUCGGUAUGAGAACGAGAACGUUCAGGAUUUAAUUGCUGAUGUGCGGGAUUUGAGCUUCUCAGAACAAAAGCACAAGAUAUAG